AUGGAGACACUGCCCUUCGAGCUUCUAUGCGACAUUGUCUCUCGUCUUGAUGACUGUACAUCCCUAUAUAACCUUCUACGCGCAUCGCCAGCCAUCUCCCGCCUGUUCGACCACGAUGGCCUUCAGCUCACCCGCGCCGUCUUCUCUAAAGAUACCAUGUGUGAUCAAAUCCGGGAAUCAAUCUCCCUCGUGGCCAUGCUCGACUCUUCCACCUUUCCAUACCCGAACCUAGAUGCCUUUAUCGCCGGCUUCAUUCAUGUAACGGUCAACGCACACAGGCAGCCCUCCUCCGGGCAGCGAUAUCCCGAGGACAAUGGGACUCCAGGCACUGGGCGCGAUUCUGGCGGCAGCGCCGCACGGAGUGCUUCGAUCUUCGAGGUAGGGUGGUGUCGAUGUUCGCUUGUUCCGGAGGUGGCCCUGGAUCGUCCGCGGCGCUCCGCCCGUCUGACAGCCCCGACAGACCCAGACCGGUGGGUCGCGUUGAAGGUAAAGAGAUCCAUGGCUCGUGGCUAUUGGUCAGAAGAACUCAAGAGGGAGGGAGGGACCGGGGAAGCUACGAUCGAUAGAGAUCUACUAACAGGCCUUGGAGGGGAGAGCGAGCCAAUGGAGGGAGUAAGGAAUAGGAGCGAAUGGGCGACAAGCGCCGCGUCGCGACGCGUUCACCCAAACGCGCGAUAUUAG